AUGAACCCACCAGACAAGUCUGCUUCGUCCAUACCAAACCUCUUAUCCCUGCGGGGCAGCAGAGGAGGCGCUCGCGGAGGCCGGAGCCGUGGCGGGCCUGGCGCUGGUACCUCUCGUCGCACUGGCCAGGGCCACGAUGCCGUCAUCCAGGGCACAGAUACCGAUGCUGCAGUGUCGAGACUAAGCGCCGUCGACUUGGGUUAUCUUCACGAUCCAUGUGCGCAGUUCUUCGUACAGAGUCCCAAUGGGCCGCCUCCUAGGCGACUCCCCAUUAUUAACAGAGGCACCUACACACGCACGUCGGGAUUAGACCGACUUAUAGAUGCUUUCCUCUCCACGUUGGAUGCCGAGUCUCCUAAGCAGAUUGUCGCUCUAGGAGCCGGCACCGAUACCCGCCCAUUUCGCAUAUUCUCCCAGCAAAAUUGCCACGGUCUGAUCUAUCACGAAAUUGAUUUCGAAGUCGUCUGCAGCAAGAAACUCCGUAUUGUAAAGGGCGUUCCUCUUCUCUCGCGUGUUCUCUCUGAUGCAUCUGUCGUCCCCCCGGCUGAGCCAGAGGAGGCCAGUAGCUCAUGGACCAGCCAACCCUCGAAUGGAGGCCUGUUCUACUGCCAUGGGCUUGACCUUAGGAAAUUACUCGGCAAUGAAGAGUCUUUGACGUUGCCGGGGUUGCGUACCGAUGUACCCACGCUCCUGCUUUCCGAGUGCUGUCUCUGCUACCUCUCUCCUCAAGAAGCCAACGGUGUGAUCAGUUUCUUCACAACACAGAUCCCCAGUCUUGCCACCAUUAUCUAUGAACCUAUCCGACCAAAUGAUCCCUUUGGUCAGGUCAUGGUGUCCAACCUUGCAGCACGGCAUAUCAGGAUGCCAACCUUGGAUGUCUACAAAGAGGCCAAAGACCAGGUGGACCGGCUGUCUAAAGCUGGUUUCGAGGUGGUUAAACACAUGACGGUGGAAGACAUCUGGAACUCGUGGGUUACGCAGGAGGAGAAGGAACGAGUGGACAGUCUAGAAGGGUUGGAUGAGGUGGAAGAGUGGCAACUCCUGGCGGCGCAUUACAUUAUAGUUUGGGGCUAUAGAGGAGAUGGGUUCAGUGGGUUGGCCGAAGAGUGA